AUGGAGCUCAUCCGCGCAACAGAGUCGAAGAAUCGCAACAUUGAUCCGGCGCAGCUUCAUAUUUUUAUUGCAAUUGACUCAGCCACUUUCAUUCUCAACUCGCAUGUAGAUCCCAAGUAUCAGUUGGCGGAUCACAAGACCCUUCAAGCCGCAACGGGAAAAAAGAAGAGAUCGGCGGACACUCGACUUGCGCGACGAUUCUGGUCUCAAGCGAUGGGUCCGCUUCAGCUUUUGAGUACCGAUUACUCGACUCCAACUUGGCUGUUGAUCGCUGGCACCAAACCUAGUCAACUGACCGAUGCGAUUUCGAGAGGGAUCGCUGAUGAUUUACGCUUGACUGUUGCGCCGGUUCCCAUUGCUCCAUUGUCGGGUUCUGGCACCGCCGAGUUGCUUGACCAAAUCUACAUGGGUUUACAGGCUUUGGAACGAUCCCAACUUGGCCCCUGGCGACACAAUGCGCGUUUGAUGCGCUCCGUUCAACGUGUGGCUGGUUUGCCUAGAUCUGUCAUUGCGCUAUGCGUGCCCCACCACUUCGACACGCUCGGGUUGACCCACCUCCCGCAUUCGCGUUUUGUUGGCCUCAUGGAAUCGUGCCUUUUUGACGAUGACCAUGCUGAUCCAUUGUUCCAGGAGAACGAGCUCGUGUCUAUUGGUGUGCUUUUCAAAGCACGUGAAACUGACCGCCUCCUUUUGUUUCCGCGUGUUACGCUGAUCCAGUUGUACGACGGACGCAUUCAACCUAUUGACAUUGUUGAUGACAUGCGCCGAGUGCUUCACGAGCUCGAAACCGACCUGCAAACAAAGUGGCAAAGCUGGGACUUUUUCUGUGUCGUGAUUUUAAAUCUGCGGAUUUUGCUGCUCGUCACCAAAGCACUUAAGGUCAAUUCCAACGCGCAGUACGUGCCGGUCGACAAGAUCUUCCCGGGCGCAGUCUCGGGCUCGUCCACUCCAAAGCUGUUCGUUGAUGCCCAGGCUUGGAGCAAAGUUACUUUUUCGCCGGUGGCCACUCCAACCAGAAGGGCAUAUUCAGGACGCGUCACUCUUUGCGAAGAGAAUCACCGUGGUAUUGACGGUUGGAGCAUUUUCUAUGAGCAAACGCCAGAAGGAGAGUUUGUCCCAGUCACGCUUGCUCUGCAGUGCAAGCUGCAUCAAGUCGAGUCGCCAAUGUCGCACGAGGAUCAGAAUAAGCUGCUGCGGAAGGCAAGAGCAGCACUACCCAAGGCGGAGCGAGAGAACGCUGUCGUGGCGCUGCUGACAACGUCACGCGCUGACAACGUCACGCCUACGAAGCUCAAUAAGAAUAAGCUCGAUUCGCGAUCGCUUGUGUUAGCUCGAGCCGGAAUGGACAAGUUCACUGCCGGGUUUAAGGCCAUCGCGAACAUCUUUUGGAGUUAUGACCCAAACCUCAGCUCAGCUGAUCGCAUAGCGAGUCAGUUCCACGCGCCGAAGCACACGAGCUUGGAACACGCACGUGCAAUGGCUCACAUGAUUGACCAGCAUCGAGCUGGCGAAGUGUUCAAGAGUGUGAGCGAUCUGCGAAAGUUUUUGGAACAGCGCGCCGACGAGGAAGUGACGUGGACGAUGGAAGUCGAAAAGCAGCGUGACAAGUGGGUAGAAGUCAAGACAACGGUCCAGUACCCUGCCAGCGCCAUUCCAAGCGAUGAGGUGCUCAAUUGGCCGUACGCGCUGGAGCCUCGC